AUGACCGUCCCCCUGCGCCUCAGGAGGCUGUGCAGGCAGGCGUCCCCCCAGGCCGUGCUGCUCCUGCUCUUCGCCUUCUGCCUGCUCAGCGUGUUCGUGUCUGCCUAUUACCUGUAUGGCUGGAAGAGGACCCUGGAGCCCUCGGGGGAGGUGGCCGGCUCCGACUGUAACGAGGAGCCCCAGAUCACGCCGUCGCGCCUCCUCCCUCUCAAGACCCUGAAGGUGUCGUCGUCCUCCCGCACCGACCCCCUGGUGCUCGUCUUCGUGGAGAGCCUGUACUCCCAGCUGGGCCAGGAGAUCGUGGCCAUCCUGGAGUCCAGCCGCUUCAAGUACCGCACCGAGAUCGCCCCCGGGAAGGGGGACAUGCCCACGCUCACGGACAAGGACCGGGGCCGCUUCGCUCUCAUCAUCUACGAGAACAUCCUCAAGUACGUCAACCUGGACGCCUGGAACCGGGAGCUGCUGGACAAGUACUGUGUGGAAUACGGCGUGGGCAUCAUCGGCUUCUUCAAGGCCAAUGAGAACAGUCUGCUGAGCGCUCAGCUGAAGGGCUUCCCCCUCUUCCUCCACUCGAACCUCGGCCUGAAGGACUGCAGCAUCAACCCCAAGUCGCCACUGUUGUACGUGACCCGGCCCAGCGAGGUGGAGAAGGGCCUCCUACCCGGGGACGACUGGACCGUCUUUCAGUCCAACCACUCCACCUAUGAGCCGGUGCUGCUGGCCAAGACCAAGUCAGCUGAGUCCAUCCCCCACCUGAGCGUCGGCGCGGCCUUGCACACCACGGUGAUCCAGGACCUGGGGCUGCACGACGGCAUCCAGCGGGUGCUCUUCGGCAACAACCUCAACUUCUGGCUGCACAAGCUGGUCUUUGUGGACGCCGUGGCUUUCCUGACUGGCAAGCGCCUCUCGCUGCCCCUGGACCGCUACAUCCUCGUGGACAUCGAUGACAUCUUUGUCGGCAAGGAGGGCACCCGGAUGAAGGUGGAGGAUGUGAAGGCCCUUUUUGACACUCAGAAUGAACUUCGAACACACAUCCCAAACUUCACCUUCAACCUGGGGUACUCAGGGAAAUUCUUCCACACAGGUACAGAUGCCGAGGAUGACGGCGACGACCUGCUCUUGUCCUACGUGAAGGAGUUCUGGUGGUUCCCUCACAUGUGGAGUCACAUGCAGCCCCAUCUUUUCCACAACCAGUCUGUCCUGGCAGAGCAGAUGGCCCUCAACAAGAAGUUCGCUGUCGAGCAUGGAAUCCCCACUGACAUGGGCUAUGCCGUGGCUCCCCACCACUCUGGCGUGUACCCGGUCCACAUGCAGCUUUAUGAGGCCUGGAAGCAGGUGUGGGACAUCCAGGUGACCAGCACAGAGGAGUAUCCCCACCUGAAGCCUGCCCGUUACCGCCGUGGCUUCAUCCACAAUGGGAUCAUGGUCCUCCCCCGGCAGACCUGCGGCCUCUUCACCCACACCAUAUUCUACAAUGAGUACCCAGGAGGGUCCAGCGAAUUGGACAAAAUCAUCAACGGGGGAGAACUCUUCCUCACCGUGCUGCUCAAUCCGAUCAGCAUUUUCAUGACCCACCUGUCCAACUAUGGGAAUGACCGCCUGGGAUUGUAUACCUUCAAACAUUUGGUGCGUUUCCUUCACUCUUGGACCAACCUGAAGCUGCAAACGCUGCCGCCAGUCCAGCUGGCUCAGAGAUACUUUCAGAUCUUUUCAGAGGAGAAAGACCCGCUGUGGCAGGAUCCUUGUGAGGACAAGCGGCACAAAGACAUCUGGUCAAAGGAGAAAACGUGUGACCGGUUCCCAAAACUCUUAAUCAUUGGACCUCAAAAAACAGGCACCACGGCCCUCUAUCUGUUCCUGGGAAUGCACCCCGACCUGAGCAGUAACUACCCAAGCCCAGAGACCUUUGAGGAGAUUCAGUUUUUCAAUGGCCAAAACUAUCACAAAGGCAUUGACUGGUACAUGGAGUUCUUCCCCAUCCCCUCCAACACCACCUCUGACUUUUACUUUGAGAAAAGCGCCAACUACUUUGACUCUGAAGUGGCCCCCCAACGGGCAGCUGCGUUGUUACCCAAAGCCAAGAUCCUCACCAUCCUCAUAGACCCCGCUGACCGAGCCUAUUCUUGGUACCAGCAUCAGCGAGCCCAUGAUGACCCAGUUGCGCUGAAGUACACCUUCCAUGAAGUGAUCACAGCAGGGCCCAAUGCCUCCCCGAAGCUGCGUGCGCUUCAGAAUCGCUGCCUUGUUCCCGGCUGGUACGCCACCCACAUCGAGCACUGGCUUAGUGCUUACCAUGCCAACCAGAUCCUGGUUUUGGAUGGCAAACUGCUCCGGACUGAACCCGCCAAAGUGAUGGAUACUGUGCAGAAGUUCCUUGGGGUGACCAACAUAAUUGAUUACCAUAGAACUCUGGUGUAUGACGCAAAGAAAGGAUUCUGGUGCCAACUGCUUGAAGGAGGAAAAACCAAAUGCUUGGGUAAAAGCAAAGGCAGGAAGUACCCAGAGAUGGAUUUGGAUUCACGAGCCUUCCUAAGAGACUAUUACCGGGACCAUAACAUCGAACUUUCUAAGCUGCUGUAUAAGAUGGGCCAGACGUUGCCCACCUGGCUGCGGGAGGACCUCCAGAAUACUAGGUAGCUGCUGCCAGCGCCAUGACCAGAGUGAGCAUUCAUGAUGGCCAGGGAGCCCCCAGCCUCACACUGAGCCACCCCGGGGGUGUGGAACAUAGCCCAGAACUGCCGAGCGCUUCUGAGCAGUACCCCAGCGAGGCCCGACCUGGGGACCCGGAGAAGAGCCGAGCGCAGCCCACGAGAGCUCCAGAGCCUCCCCCAGCCAAGGCCUGCGAGGCGGCACGUGGCCCAAGCGCUUCUCGAGAUCGGCCCGAAGCUUCCCCAGGCGUAAGGUCGCUUCCUGCGUGUGUGCCGCCACUGCCUUGUGAGAGGGAUUCUGUACGACUCCUGACUGUGCCCCCUGGCACUCUCCCCUUCCCCCAAGCAGGGCGCCCCCUCAGUAUUAAUCGCUGUGUUUCCCGAGCAGCCGGACAGUGCGGGGAGCGGGGAGGGGGCCGGGGCACACCCCUGCCCGCUUCAAAAGAGGCCCUUCUGGGAGAGAGGCAGGAGCUCAGAGCUAGCCACCAGGCUGGACUGAAGUCUGAUGGCCUCCACAGAGUUUUGGAGCCCAUCUGAUCAAUACCUUCCCUUCUCUGUCCUUAAAAUGUCUUCGGUACCUGCAGUAUCUACUCGGUCCCUGAGGAACCUUUCCAGGGGAUGUUUUUAACCCCUCCAUCCUAACAUCCAGUGGCUAGGACCAGGUCCUAGAGCUGUCCCAGAACACCCCCCCUAACCUCCCGCCCCAUCUCCUUUCCAUAUCAUCAGAUAUGACAUACGUGGUGUUUUCUGUGGUAAAAGACUGAGGCGACCCCAGGGUCCAGCUACCAGAACCCAUUCCAGUGUACAUAAAAUGUUCCCUCUAGUCCCAAGCAAAGGCUAUGGGCGGUGAAGAUGGUGCCUAUAGCCCGGUACCUCUGCCUCUGUUCCUGCUUUGAGCAGCCUGAGGCUUCCCGGAGAACCUUUUAAAACCUCUCAAAUACUAAAAGCUGAAGUAUUUUAAUAUUUUGGUUUUUGUUUCUUGGUGCCAGAGUUUGUACCCUGAUUCCUGGGGCUACACUGUGUUAUUUUAUAUAAACUCUCUCAGUCUCUUGUC